AUGAAUACAUUUCUAAAAUUAAAUAUUCUUACAAAUCUUUAUCAUCAGCGUUGUUAUCUAUCAACAAGUUCAAUUCUUCAUAGUUGGUUUGUUAAAUUAACAAAUGUUACACAAGUUAAUACAGAAGCAGGAAUACCAAAACAUACACGAAAACGAAAUUAUCCAUUAACUUAUGAACAAAGACAAUUUCCAAAAUUAAUUGGACAUACAAAAACUUGGAAUACAUUUAAUACAUCAAAUUUACGCGAUGGUAAACGUAAAGCAGAAAUAGUAAGUGAUGAUCUAUUUCUUCGACAAUUUAUUUAUGGUACAUGGCAUUCAUUAUUUGCUUCGGAACUUAUUAUAAAACGACGUCAUAAUAUGAUUAUUCUAAGUGGACUUGUAACACGAACAAUACAUCCACGUCGAAUGUAUUUUCUUAUAGGUUAUACAGAAGAAAUUCUUUCUGCUUUAUUAAAAACUCCUGUUAAAAUGGAAAUUCAAACUAUAGACAAUAUGGCCAUGCAAAUGUGUAACAGACGUGUCACUCAAGCGACAACAAAACUUGUUCGACAACUUGCUAAAUCUGUACCAAUGAAAGUUGAAGAUAAUCAUCAUGAUGAUGAAUAUACACGUAUACCUGUACCAAAAACCUCAACAGUAAAAACAAUGGUUUCAAUGUAUAGAUAUUUAUUGCAUGACAAUGCAUCUGUUACAACUGGACUUAACACUGCUCUUAGCAUUCGUCAUGCGCAUACUGAUAUUCAAAUACCAAAUUUCGACUAUUAUCGUCAUGCUGAUGAUAAUACUGUACCUUAUUCUUAUUUAACUCCAAUUGGUAUGGCUAUAACAUCAGCUUAUAUGGCCAAAUAUAUGAUACGAGAUAUAGCUGCUUUUGUGGGCCCAGCUAAAGAUGUAACGUCACUUGCUAAAGUCGAAAUUAAUCUUGAUACCGUCCUGAAGGCAAAAAUGCUUCAAUUACGUCAUCCACAAAAUGAUUCUGAACGUGUACAAAAACCCGAAUGGGUAAUUGUUAUUGGUAUAUGCGCUCAUCUUGGUUGUAUGCCAAUAGCAAAUGCCCGUGAUUUUGGUGGCUAUUUUUGUCCUUGUCAUGGUUCGCAUUAUGAUGCAUCUGAACGUAUACGAAAAGGUCCAGCACCAUUUAAUCUUGAAAUUCCUCAAUAUGUAUUUAAAGAUGACAGUACAGUUGUCAUCGGUUAG